UCGGUCUUUUUUCCUUCCUCAGCUCGUCGCCAGUGAUGUAGUGUCUCCCCUACGAUGUCGGAACACUUCACAGUCAUUCAAGAAAAGGAAGGGGAGUUCUUUGGACCACGACAAGCGUUGAUUCAUGGCGUACGAUUAACAUUUUAUGCACCCAACAUUGAUAAAGACUUUGAGAGGGACUUGAGUCGUUUUGAAACCCGAUCAGAGGAUAUUUAUGUGGUUAGUUUCCCAAAAUCAGGUAAGGCUAUAGACUGAGAUUGGAUCACAUUAAUUGUGGCAAGUUAAACGCGGUUAAAGUUUUAAGCAGCCAACAACUAUGCAUGUAAUCUUUCGCCGUCCUGGGUGAGAAGCUCGCAUAUGUUUACAACCGAGCAAAUAAAUGCGUGCAAAGAAAACCAAUUUCCAUAAUUGAUCAAAUAAGUGCGUGAAACUGACUGAGUGCUUACAAACCUCUAUAGGAUCGUACAUCAUAGAAUGGUCGCGUGGUCCGAAUGGGUAACAACAGUCACGGCCAUAGUAAGUUUAUCAGAAGGGCUAAGUUUCUAAAGAAAUUGUCGUGCUGCGUCAGUGAGGGGUAUAACAGAAUAAUUUGGUUUUAUCAACUGAGUUGAUAAUGUAAAUUGGCCAUCGUAAGGAGUUUAUAGAGCUGCCGUUUCAAAAAGUUAGCCCUUCGCUCGAACGAAGGAAUCAGCUUUACGAUUAACAAUUAACACGUCCAGCUUUGAUAAGGAUAUUAAGAGGAAUUUGCGUCGUUUUGAAACCUGUUCAGACGAUAUCUAUGUGGUCAGUUUUCCAAAAUCAGGUAAGGCUGUAGAUCGAUCCUUUCGAUAGGCCACUUUGCUUCACUUCGUCGCCAAUUUCUUUUACAGUGCAGUCUUUUGAGUGCUGAUUUAUUUGCUAAUAGGGACAACUUCGGCAAAAAAAUAGAAAUUUUGUCUACAAGACGUCCGCAAUUUUUGAAUCAUUGUUUGGUUGCCAUGUGAACUUUAAUAUAUUUUACAUGGUUUAGCCAUUUUAAACCGCGUGAACUCAUAACUUAAAAGGUCCUUAGGGAGAGUAAGUAAAACAGCUUAAUUUUUACAGCAAACCAAAUCACUCCGUAUAAUUGAUAGAGUAGCUCAUGUUUACAACUGACCAAAUUAGCGCGUGCAAGAAAUGCAAACCGCGGACAACGAGAUCUGAACUAAACUUUCUUUCCUUUUUUCAGGAACAACCUGGGUGCAAGAAAUUGUCUGGCAAAUAUUCAACGAUGGAAAAAUCAGCGAAGAAAGGAUGGAAAGUCGCCAUCCCUUUUUGGAAAAAAAUCAGCUUUUCGAUAGGCCUAGAGACGAGUCAGACGGACAGAAGGUCUCCGUGACUUCUCGGCCCAGUCCCCGCUUAAUUAGGUCACAUCUUCCUUACCAUGUGAUUCCGAUGAGUAAAGAGGAGAGCAAAAGAAGCAAGUAUAUUUACGUGGCAAGAAAUCCAAGAGACGUUGCUGUUUCAUAUUAUCACUUUGUCCUAAGCUUUGGCCCUAGCAGUUACUUUAAUGGGACGUGGGAGUUCUUUGUAAAGUUGUUUCUUGAGGGCAAAAGUAAGGAUUUUUAUUCGUUGGAAAUAGUUUUCGCUGUAAGCUAAGCGGAAGUUUGACGGCAUUGCGAGCUCGCCUCCUACUAUCUCUGCAAGUUCGCCACUUGAGUAAAAACAAGCUCGCUCCCUCUGCCUCAAGAAAACGUGUUGAACGAUUUAGUUUCUGAAGAAACUGUGGGGCUGCUUCGGUGUGGUAGUAUAUAACGAGAGAAAUCAUUUGUUUCUAUCAAAUGAGUUGAAAAUGUAAAUUGGCUACCGUAAAGAGUUUCAAAGCUCACGUUUCGCGCGUUAGCCCUUCGUCAGAGUAAAAGACAAGCCAUUUGCCAUUCGCUCUGACAAAGGGCUAACGCGCGAAACGUCAGCUUUGAAACUCUUUACGGUGGCCAAUUUACAUUAUCAACUCGGCUGAUAAAACAAAAAUUAUCUUGAAAGAUUUAGGGGCGAGCUGGAAAAGGUAGGUGCAAACCUGUGUCACUUCAGGGGGCAAACUCGCAAGGGAAGGUAGGAGAGCGAACUUGCAAUGGGGUGAAACUUCCAUAAACCGUUAGAUAUCUGUGAUCAAAUGAAAUGAUUGUAAAUUUGAAUCAUUUCCUGCAGAUUCAUAUGGCUUUUGGUCUGAUCACGUGUUGCCCUGGUGGAAACACAGAGAUGAACCUCACGUCUUAUUUCUCAAAUAUGAAGAUUUAAAGAAGGUGAGCUAUUUUCAUGCUUUACUCAUCUUUGUUUUAGUUGGACUACAAACACAUAAGAUCAACCUUCACUAGUCCGACCAUUAUAACGCGAAUCCGAGACUGUUAUCAGUAAGGGAGCGAAUACUGUGCAACCGUAAACCCCUGUAAAUAAAUAGUGAGUAGUUGCACAAGUCUAAACUUGUAAUGAUUUCCAUAAAAACACAUUUACGUUUCAGGAUCUUCGUGGUAACGUUCGACUAAUCAGCGAAUUUCUCGAGAAGCCACUUUCAGAUGAAAUGAUCCGCAAAAUCGCCCACCAGUGUACAUUUGCGGAAAUGAAGAAUAACUCCAACUCUUAUGUCAUUUCGGCAUAUGCUACAAAACCAAACUUGCUUCGCAAGGGUCAGAUUGGAGACUGGAAGAGGCUCUUCAGUGAAGAAUUAAACAAGCAAUUUGAAGAAACGUUCUUGACGAAAUUGAACGGGACAGGACUGCAUUUUGACACAGAAUAACGAACAUUGAUUGGUUUUCAACUUGAAAAUCGAUUCCUUGUAAAAUGCAUUUUAGUAAUGUAGUGCUUUUAUUUGCAAUUCUUCAAGCUAUUGCGUAGCUAAGCAAAGCAAUCUCUUUUCUGUGAAACUUCAGACGGGCACGGAUGAAGAGUAAUAUGGGUGUGGUAGAGUGACCUAAAGUUUGUACGAGGAGAGAAAACGAAAACGUUAAUCUCGUUCCCAGAUCCUACCAUUUAACUGCAACUGAAAAGUCGGACUUUACAACCACUUGGCCGUGGAGAGUCUGGAUACGAGACUACGAAAACGUAGAGGGUGGGGAGGGGGGGGGGAAGAGGUUAUUGGGGAGAAAGAAAGAAAAUCUCCACCCUUCCCAUCCCCUAAAGCUUAUGAGAAGAAAUCUUUCGCCGCGGACGUCAAACAACAGUAAAUUUUUCCAGCACCAAUAGUGCCACUCCUAUGGCAGCUUCUCCAGGAUCUUGAUGAUCUUUUUUUACAAACAGAACGAGAAGAACUUCAACUCCACUGAGAGCUACGAAGGCUCCUGGCGUGUAAAACGCUGGAGGGUACAGUCCGAAACUGUUCGCUACGAAUUCAGCCAACGGAAUAUCACUGAUAUCAGAAUACCGAUAAAGAUGAAAGACCAGUUCAUUUUCUAUCACCUAGGGAGGGAGGGCUGGGAGGAUCAACCCAGUCCCCCCCUAAGGCUCUUUGAUAUUCUUAUGACCCCCCCUCCCUCCCCCCCUUACUGACAGUUAAUUGGCAGUCAACUUUCUUUAGUCCCAUCUCUUUAUACUCUGUUAGUGACGACUAAUUCCCCCCCCCCCUCCUUCGUUCCCACUAAAAUCCAUACCAUCUCCUCAAGUCUUCGGCGUAGUCGGGAAAAGGGAACACAGAUGAAGACGGACUUUAAUUCGCCGCUUUCGGUGGACGGGAGCCAAUUUGGGUUCACACGAUCAAUGAGAGUAUAUCAACCCUAACAUCAGAAUGUAUAUUAUCCAUACCUUUUUCGAUACCUUUCCGUGGGAAAAAGAAAAAAACGUGCUUGGGCCAAUCCAGAAGAUUAGACUUACUGGAAAGGACGUGAAAAAAAAAAAAAAUUACAAAUUAAAAAAUUACGGCCAGUGCGAAACCUUGCUCCAUGAAAUAAGAACAUCAUUCUCCCCCUCCUCCACUCCUUUCGUGCUUCGUCAGGAGAGGCAGACGUGGCAGAACUCAUUCAACGUAUUAAGGAGGGAGAGUGUUGCGUGACUACUUUUACAGCGGUCACGAGAAAAACAAAAGAAGGAGGGUACGUAAGUGUUGCGCAACAGUGCACACGUUACAUAUAUCUUUUACUGACGUAAUAUACAAUAGGGGCAUCUGAAAAGUCAUCGGUGACAUCCGGAAAGGCGCCAAGAAGAAUUCUAUUCACGUUUCGUAACUAAACAAUAGUGUUGUGAGGCCGAAAUGUAAGUUACACUUCACUAAUUAAAAAGUUAAGCAAUUUUCCAAAAGCUUUGACUAGCACCAUAUUAUUCAUUGUGAAAUUAAUCAACGGAGGCAUUGGGAAGGCAUCGAUGACACCGGGAAAGGCAUCAACAAGAAUGAUAUUUACGUUAUGUAACUUGUUGUGUGACGAAAGGCCUAAGAACGUGUUGCAACGGCAAAACGUAAAUAGAAUUCUUCUUGGUACCCUACUGGAUGCUAUCGAUAGCUUUUCCGAUGCUUCCAUUGUCUAUUUCAACUGGAAAAGAUUUAUGUAAAAACAGCACUUUUGAAAAUUGCUUAACAUUUUAUUUAACGAAGUGUACUGUUGACAUUUUAGCGUUACAACACGUUUGUUUUCUGCAACUACCAAUGAUCUGUCUGUAUCAGUGAAGCAUUAAAGUUGUUUCACUGCUGACCACUCGAUCGUAUUUCGGUCUUUUUUCCUUCCUCAGCUCGUCGCCAGUGAUGUAGUAUCUCCCCGACGAUGUCGGAACAUUUCACAGUCAUUCAAGAAAAGGAAGGAGAGUUCUUUGGACCACGACAAGCGUUGAUUCAUGGCGUACGAUUAUCAUUUUAUGUGCCCAACAUUGAUAAAGACUUUGAGAGGGACUUGAGUCGUUUUGAAACCCGAUCAGAGGAUAUUUAUGUGGUUAGUUUUCCAAAAUCAGGUAAGGCUAUAGAUCGAGAUUGGAUCACGUUAAUUGUGGCAAGUUUAACGCGGUAAAAUCUCUACGCAGCCGACAAUUAUGAAUGCAAUCAGUCAUGGGUGAGAAGCUCGCAUAUGUUUAAAACCUAGCGAAGAAAUGCGUACAACGAAAACCAAUUUCCGUUACUGACCGAAUAAGUGCGUGAAACUGACAACAGUCACAGCCAUAUUAAGUUUCUCAGGAGGGGUAAGUUUCUAUAGAAAUUUUAUUGCUGCGUCAGUGAGGGGUAUAGCAGAAUAAUUUGGUUUUAUCAACUGAGUUCAUAAUGUCGAUUGGCCAUCGUAAAGAGUUUAUAGAGCUGCCGUUUCGAAAGUUAGCCCUUCUCUCGAACGAGGGAAUCAGCUUUACGAUUAACUAGACCCUGUGAGCGGGGUAACUGGGAUACCUGGAUGGUACUGGAUCCUUGGAAUCAAGUGUAGUGAUACUACGGGUGUCGGAUUAGUAUACUGAAGUAGUGCGCUCAAGUCUGGCCAAGGGCAUACACCUAUUUCAAAACAUAGGCAUGCUAUGCAUGCAAGAGUUACUUUUUUGUAGGGUGGGUGGAUUACUUGAAACAUUGUGAGUGAUGUCUACAUUCUUACAAAAGGAGAGAAGAAUAUUAAUGUGGCAAAGAACGAAAAUGUCAAAUUACCUCACUCACAGGUAUUUUGUGGUAGAUUAUGUGUGUUUUGCAAAUAAAUGUAACCAAAAAUAAACUGUAUUGGUGCCACGGAUACCUGUCAGUACAAAAUGCAGACUGCAGAGUGGGUACAAAAUGCAGACUAAGAAUCUGAAGAGUUUUUACGUCUGGUAUAUAAUAAUAUGUCAUCUUACAGCUUACCGAGCGUCACGCAAUCGCUUUUCUGCGAUCCGCCUUCACGAUUAUUUGCACUAUUUUGGAAUAUUCCUGGCCCAUUUCUUGAUGAAAAUCGAUCGCAAUAUUAUUUCAAGCCUUCAAUAUAGUCUUCUUACUUUGCGCGCGAGUUGGUUGGUGUGAUGUCUGUACAGAUUUUACCAACGUAAUAAAAGUAGAUGACGUGAGUAACAGUGAUAGUAAAGCAAGCUUAAAACGGCAGAAAUCGCAGAAAAUACAACGGAUACACAGGGUAUGAGUAAGUUUUAUUGAUUUUACGAGAAAAAUGUUCAUAUUUCGAAAUAUGUAUCGUUGUAAAUCGACCAUACUUCGUUCCCUAUACUAUUCCUUAUAACGUGCAGUUCCUCUCGUAACUUAACACCGAGUCACACAACGCGUGACGCGUUCAUGGAUUAAUCGUUGGCUUUUUCUCGAGACUUGAGCUUGGGCCGCCUGUGACAAGACAAUUGCGUUAACAAUAUUUAACAUAAUAACAUUAUACACAAAAAAAAACACAGGGUUUUGGAUCACGUAUUUAUUAAAAAGAAUAUCCAUACAACUACAAUGAAAACAAACAUAAGAUUCACCUUUCUGAUCGUGAAAUUAAUACCAUUCGUACUGUUAUCGUAGCUACGUUCCUUGCCAUCAAGUGAAUCCAACAUGUCGUCUUUCUUCACGAACAGUUUGCAUCCAUUAUAGUUAUGUUCUUCAGUCUCACGGUAGUAGUGUUGUUCAAUAGAUUGCAUAGAGUAUAUGCAGUUUGGUUUCAGAUUUCAGAUUUUGCUUUUUACAACAAGAGAACGUUUUUCAACUAAGACAUUGGCAUACUUAGCCUACUAGGCAUUUAGGGCUUUCAUGGCUUUCAAGAGUUCGCGACUUUAUCCGUUCCAAAAUUACCGCUCAAUAACAUCUUUCAGUGUGGAUUAGCCGCGAUUAAUACGACUUCUAUAUGCGUCUGUAAGUAUUUUGCGCGUUUGCGCCAUAAUGCUCCAGGAGAUCGCAAUCCAAAUACAGUGAAAUACAAAACAACCGACCAAAGAGUUUUAUAAGCAAAAUCUCGUGAUUCGUCAUGUGACCCGGCCCUGUCUGUGCAUGACAACAUCAAUCAUUAUCAAGAUAACACGCGUGAUCAGCAUGUGAACGCCUUCACUGGAUCACAGUUAGUUGUCAUGGUGUUGAGGGAUAACACGCGUGAUCAGCAUGUGAACAUCUCAUUGGAUCACAGUUAGUUGUCAUGGUGUUGAGGGCCCAAUGACCUCUGGGUACUAUUGCGCAAUUUUCCAUUUUGUGGCGGAGGAAAAAAAAAAAAAAAAGGGACAAAAAAGCAAAGGCAUUUUCUCUUUGUCGCCGAUUUCUUUUACAGUGUAGUCUUUUGAGUGCUGAGUUAUUUAUGACUAGGGAAAAUUUCGGCAAAAGAAAACGGGAUUUUGUCCAUAAGACGUCCACAACACAUGCUAUUUUUUAAUCAUUGUUUGGUUGCAAUGUGAACUUUAAUAUAUUUUACAUAUGCAAAUAGGUAGGUUUACAGUAGACACUUGUCUCUAAAUUACCCUAAACCCCUCUGGACACAUUUAAAUCAAGAAAGGGCAAAUGUCUAUCCUUAUCACGCUCGAGGGUGGAUUGGAUCGACGGCUCUACUGAAUUAAAAUGCGAUAGGAGGCGCUCCGCUUCAAUUCCGAAUACCGCAGAAAUAACAUCAUCGACAUGUCGUUUCCAGAAAAAGGGUUUAACCGGCGAAGUGGCUAAGGCCCUCAGUUGUUCCACGUCUCCAUUACCAGGUUGGCAAUGACAGCAGAGACGGGCGAACCCAUAGCUGUACCAAAACCUUGUUGAUAGUAGGUGUCGUUAUAUGCAAAUAGCGUGGUUUCGAGGCAAAAAGACAGCAGAUGAAUAAUAUCCUCCACAAGCAAAGAAGUUCUUUGUCCUAGGGAAGCAUCUUCUCUGAGUCUCUCCUCCGCAACCUUAACGGCAAGAUCAACUGGGAUUUUAGCGAAGAGCGAAACAACGUCGAAAGAUACCAAUUCUUCACAAGCGUUAAGAGUCUUAUCUCUUAUGAAAUCCUCAAAUUCGCAGGAAUUUUUGACAGUGUAAUCAGUAUUCCGAACAACAGGCGACAAAAUUUUCGCAAGACAGCCUGAAAUUGCGUAAGUCGAAGAAUUAUCAAAAGAAACAGUGGGUAUCAAAGGAAUUCCCGGUUAAUAAAUUUAAGUAAGCCAUACAAACGUGGACAUAAGCCGUCACAAAAAGGUAGCUAAUUAGUGACCAUAUGAAAGGACCUCUUCUUUGCAGCGUUUAGAUCACCCCUGAUGAAGGCACUAGACAGGAGUGUCGAAACGUUGGGUCUAUGGAUUGUAACUUCUUCGCUUACAUUCAUUAAAUUUGUAAACCAGAGAAGCAUCAAACCAUGUCUUACUGUUUAGCCAUUCUAAACCACGUGACCUCAUAGCUUAAAAGGUCCAUAGGAGAGCACGUAAAGCAGCGUAAUUUUUACAGCAAACCAAAUCACUCCGUAUAAUUGACAGAGUAGCUCAUGUUUACAACUGACCAAAUUAGUACGUGCAAGAAAUGCAAACUGCGGACAACGAGAUCUAUCUUUUCCGUUUUUUCAGGAACAACCUGGGUGCAAGAAAUUGUCUGGCAAAUACUCAACGAUGGAAAAAUCAGUGAAGAAAGGGUGGAAAGUCGCUCUCCCUUUUUGGAAAAAAGUCAGCUCUUCGAUAGGCCUGGAGACGAGUCAGACGAGCAGAAGGUCUCCGUGACUUCUCGGCCCAGUCCCCGCUUAAUUAAGUCACAUCUUCCUUAUCAUGUGAUUCCAAAGAGUAAAGAAGAGAGCAAAAAAGAAGCAAGUAUAUUUACGUGGCAAGAAAUCCAAGAGACGUUGCUGUUUCAUAUUAUCACUUCGUCCUAGGCUUUGGCCCUAGCAGUUACUUUAAAGGGACGUGGGAGUUCUUUGUAAAGUUGUUUCUUGAGGGCAAAAGUAAGGAUUUUAUUUGUUGAAAUGGUUUUCGCUGUAAGCUAAGCGGAAGUUUUACGGCAUUGCGAGCUCGCCUCCUACUGUAUCUGCAAGUUCGCCACUUGAGGAAAAACAAGUUCGCUCCCACCUUUAUCAGUUCGCCCCCAAAUCUUUCAAAGGUACUAUGAUUUCGACAGCAAAACAAUGCUUUCUGCCUUAAGGAAACGUGUUGAACGAUUUAGUUUCUGAAGAAAUUGUGGGGCUGCUUUGGUAUGGUAGUAUAUAACAAGAAAGUUUAUUUAUUUUGAUGAACUGAGUUGAUAAUGUAAACUGGCCACCGUAAAGAGUUUCAAAGCUCACUUUUCGCACGUUAGCCCUUCGUCAGAGCAAAAGACAAACCAUUUGCCAUUCGCUCUAACAAAGGGCUAACGCGCGAAACGUCAGCUUUGAAACUCAUUACGGUGGCCAAUUUAUUUAUCAACUCGGUUGAUAAAACAAAAAUUAUCUUGGAAGGUCUAAGCGCGAGCUGGGAAAGGUGGGUGCAAACCUGUGUCACUUCAGGGGGCGAACUCGCAAAAGACGGUAGGAGAGCGAACUUGAAAUAGGGCGAAACUUCCAUAAACCGUUAGAUAUCUGUGAUCAAAUGAAAUGAUUGUAAAUUUGAAUCAUUUCCUGCAGAUUCAUAUGGCUUUUGGUCUGAUCACGUGCUACCCUGGUGGAAACAUAGAGGCGAACCUCACGUCUUAUUUCUCAAAUAUGAAGAUUUAAAGAAGGUGAGCUAUUUUCAUGCUUUACUCAUCUUUGUUUUAGUUGAACUACAAAUACAUAAGAUCAACCUUCACUAGUCCGACCAUUAUAACGCGAAUCCGAGACUGUUAUCAGUAAGGGAGCGAAUACUGUGCAACCAUAAAACCCCUCUAAAUAAAUAGUGAGUAGUCGCACAAGUCUAAACUUGUAAUGAUUUCCUUAAAAACCCAUUUACCUUUCAGGAUCUUUGUGGUAACGUUCGACUAAUCAGUGAAUUUCUCGAGAAGCCACUUUCAGAUGAAAUGAUCCGCAAAAUCGCCCACCAGUGUACGUUUGCGGAAAUGAAGAAAAACUCCAACUCUUAUGUCAUUUCGGCAUAUGCUACAAAACCAAACUUCCUUCGCAAGGGUCAGAUUGGAGACUGGAAGAGCCUCUUCAGUGAAGAAUUAAACAAGCAAUUUGAAGAAACGUUCUUGACGAAAUUGAACGGGACUGGACUGCAUUUUGACACAGAAUAACAAACAUUGAUUAGUAUUCAGUUUGAAAAUCGAUUCCUUGUAAAAUGCAUUUUAGUAAUGCAGUGCUUUUAUUUGCAAUUCUUCAAGCUAUUGCGUAGCUAAGUAAAGCAAUCUCUUUUCUGUGAAGCGGGCACGGAUGAAGAGUAAUAUGGGUGUGGUAGAGUGACCUAAAGUUUGUACGAGGAGAGAAAGCGAAAACGUUAAUCUGUUUCCCAGAUCCUACCAUUUAACUGCAACUGAAAAGUCGGACUUUACAACCACUUGGCCGUGGAGAGUCUGGAUACGAGACUACGAAAACGUAGAG